AUGCGUGGCGUCGGGAUCCUCAUACUAUACGCCGCCAGCCUGGCCUCGAGCAGUGUGCUGCCCAGAGACUUGGCUGGCAACGUUGCCAUUGCUGCCCGUGGCGGUGGUGGCGACCAAGGUGGUGGUGAAUGGGGAGGAGGUGGCGGUGGUCACGGUGGUGGUGGUGAAGGUGGUCAUGGAGGAGGAGGUGGUGGUGGACAUCAUACUCCUCCUCCCGAGACCACGACUCCGUGCGAGACGACCACCACACCACCGCCAGAGACCACCACUCCAUGCGAGACAACUACUACCACUCCGCCGCCAGAGACCACCACUCCAUGCGAGACAACUACUACCACUCCGCCGCCAGAGACCACCACUCCAUGCGAGACAACUACUACCACUCCGCCGCCAGAGACCACCACUCCAUGCGAGACAACUACUACCACUCCGCCGCCAGAGACCACCACUCCAUGCGAGACUACUACUACCACUCCGCCGCCAGAGACCACCACUCCAUGCGAGACUACUACUACCACGCCGCCUCCAGUGACAACCACUCCGUGCGAGACUACCACCAUGCCGCCGCCUGAAACCACGACCCCGUGCGAGACGACUACCACACCGCCACCAGAGACCACCACUCCGUGCGAGACGACUACUACCACUCCCACUGGGCCCCCUCCGACCUCUACCCCAUGUGAGACGACUACUACUCCCGGCUCACCUCCGCCUCCGACCUCGACUCCAUGUGAGACUGAAACUGGAACUCCUCCUCCCGAGAGCACCACCACUAUCACCACCGUGUAUACUACAACUUCCUGCCCUGUGUCCUGGACCACUAUCAUCACUGGCUCGUCUACUGUCACUCAGCCCGUGACUGCUACUAGCACUUUUACUGUCACUUCCAUCAUUACCUGCAGUGAAGGUUGCCCUGGCAUCACUGUCAUUUCCCCUCCCACGAGCCCUGCCCCUCAGCCAACCACCGCCCCUGCCCCUGCUCCUGCUCCUGCACAGUCUUCGCCUGUUGUCUCCCCUGUGAGCAGUCCAGCCCAGACUACCGCGCCUGCGCCUGCUGCUACUACCACCGCGCCUGUAUUCAACGGAGCUUCUUCUCAGUUCCAACGAUCCCUGACUGGUUUCAUCCCCGCUCUGGUCGUUGUGCUGGCUCUGAUCUAA